AUGGGUCAAGUCGACCAGCUUGAAGCAGCAGGUCCCCCAAAGACCGAGCCGACCCCGACUCUGCCUCCUGAGGAAGGCCUUGCAGGAUGGCUGUGUGUGUUCGGGGCAUUUCUUGGCUUCCUCGCAACUUUCGGCUUCUUGAAUGCGAUCGGGGUGUUUCAGACUACAUAUGAACAAACGACGCUCAAGGAUUACAGUGCAUCAGAGAUUGCGUGGAUCUUUGCACUGCAACUGGCUCUCAUGUGGGCACCUGGUCCUUUUUUUGGCCGCCUUGUUGACACCUACGGACCCCAGCUGGUCAUGUAUCCAUCCAGUUUGUUAUGUGUGUUUGCGCUGUGCAUGACUAGUCUGAGCACAAAAUAUUAUCAGAUCUUUCUGGCUCAGGGUUUAGCCUAUGGUAUUGGAGCUGGUGGUGUGUUUACUACUGGGAUGGUUUGCACAGGCCAGUGGUUCGUCAAGCGUCGUGGUUUGGGAAUAGGAGUGGCAGCAGCUGGAAGCAGUCUUGGAGGUGUUAUUUUCCCGCUAUUCUUCAAUAAAGUCAUGGAGCAAGUAGGAUUCUACGGCACAGUUAGGUAUACUGCGCUUUUUAUCGGUAUUGUUCUUGCAAUGUCAUGUCUACUUGUUAAAAGCAGACUGCCCAGAAAACAGUGGAAUCGGGAUUUGAAAUGGGUUGAUGUCAGCCUCCUCAGGGACAAGCAGUUUGCCCUUUAUUCAUUUGGGUCUUUCUUUGGGAUGUGGGGUUUAUGGGCUCCAUUCGACUUUCUGCCUAGUAUGGCCCAAUCCGCUGGCUUUUCGCCUUCCUUGGCAUUAUAUCUCAUAUCAAUUAUUAAUGCAGCUUCCAUCCCAGGGCGAAUCCUGCCGUCUUACCUCGGAGAUAGACUUGGACAUUACAAUGUUAUGACUAUUGUUAUGGUUAUCACCAGUCUUGCAAUAAUAAGCCUCUGGGUUCCAUUUAACUAUCAUUAUUCCCAUGCUGGUCUUGUGACCUUUUCUGCGGUAUACGGCUUUAGUAGCGGCGCUUUCGUCAGUCUUCUUAUGCCUUGUGCGGCUAAGGCAGGAAGCUUAGAUACCCUGGGGCAACGCUUUGGCACAUUUCAAAGCUUAAUAUCUAUAUCGUGUUUAACUGGCCUUCCUAUUAUGGGGGCAAUCCUAGCACGGCAAAACAAUUCAGACUUCCUAGGACUACAACUAUUCGGCGGAUGCUCAAUACUACUUGGGGCAGGGCUAACCGGAGUUUCGACAUUAAUUUUAGGACAGAGAAACAUGAAUAGGAAGGUAUGA